GCGCCGAGGGAGGAGGGGAACGGCAGCACGGGGCAGUUCUAAGAGCGCCCCGCCCUCAGCCGCCGCCGUCAGGCCCGGACAGAAGAUGGCGGCGGCGCUGUCCGGUGGCUCUCAGCAGAUGGUGCGGGAGGUGGUGCGUCGCUCGGCCCUUCGCCCGCCCGCCUCGGGCUGCUGGGGCUGCUUGCCCGGAGUAGGGAAGCGAUAUCUUCUUACAGACAGUGAUGCAAAGUUAGAAGAAUUUCAGCGGACAAAAGUGGCAAUUCAACAUAAAGUUAAUGGCAAUAAAGAUCCAUAUUUUGAAAGCAUUAAAGAAAAAUUAAAGAAAAAUGAAACAAUUCUCAAAAGGGAAUUAAAAACUUUACUGCAUUUGUGUCAGAGUUCAUCUGAUGUCGAACUAGCCAGAAAAGUUAUUUACAGGUACCAUGAGCAGAAUGGAAUCACAGCCUUACAUGAUUUUAAAUUUGGGCCCCUUUUUAUGAGGCUCUGUUAUGAGUUGGACCUCGACAGACUUGCAAUAGAACUUAUAAAAGAUCAGAAUUUGAGUGGUUUUUUCUCAGAGAGUGCAUCAUUCCAUAUUUUAAUGAAAAUGUUAUUUAAAAAGGGCCAUUUUGAAAAUGCUUUGGAAGUUCUGGUAGAAAUGAAAAAACAAGGUAUACCUUUCAACAGAGAAACCUAUCUACUUGCAUCUGCCAUAUGUUACAAAUUGGGCAGCAUGGAGUCAUGCAAAAUCUCUGAGAAACUGAUUGAAGAAGCACAGCUAAAAGGUGAUGUAUUACCAUUGCGAGCAUUCUGCUUUGCUGUUGCAACUGCUCUGAAGCAGAAUGACGUAGCACAAGCCAAAUUUCAUUGUUCCCAGAUAAUGAAAACAGAAAAUGAUUUAUACAAUAAUCUUAAAAUUCUUGUCCAGCUCAAAUCUGGUUCUAUGGAAGAAGUAAUGCAGAUUUUAAAGGCAGCAAUAGAAGUAGAUACUCCACCCUUUGUGAAAAAAAUCGAGUUUUCUGGGCAGGUGCUGGCUGCAGUAAGGGAAAAGAUGGAAGAAAAUUCUGACCUUUCUGCCAAAUUUGAAGAUAUUUGUAUGAAGCUAGAAGCUUCAGGACAGAUAACUACAUGCACGCUGGAAGACAUGCUUUUCCAGAUUCCUAGUUCAAAGAAGACCCAUGUAAAGCUUUUGAAUCAGAAGCAAUUGGGCUAUCAGACUGCUAAACCGCUUCAGUUAAAUCUGUUGUUGGAAUAGUUCAAUAUUUGAUGGCAAACUGAACCACUGUUAGCAUCUCUUACAGGCAAGGGUCUUCAUCUCUCCUGUGCCAUGAGCAGUUGUUUGUGUGAAAUUGCAUGUAGCAUCCAUGUUUCAGUUUUGAUGCUAAAAUCAAGCCAUCGAUGCAGGAAUCCUUUUUAGACACUGUUUUGCAUAAGAAGCAAAAUUUCUUUUUACUCUUCGCUGAAGGCACGUGUUUGGACUACUCUCACAACCUGUGAGCACUAGCAAAGAUUUCCUGUGGUUACUUAUACAUAAACUCUUACAGAGGCACACCUAUCUAACACAGCUUCAUCUCCUAUCUAGUGCAUAAUCAUGGGGCAUGAUUCAGCAAAACAUUUCAGUAGCUGCACCUGCCAAGUCAUUUGACUGUCUCCAAACCAUCUCCUCAUAUUACCUUUUAUGGCACUAUAGGCACUUUGACAUUUCUUCCAGCAGCAUUCAGUCCCAAACAAAUAAAAUGUUCUAUGAA